UCCAAGUUUGCAAGUUAAGUUAAUGUUUUGAUUUGGAAUUGGAAUUCUCCACCUUACAAAAUUCCCAAUUCCUUCAUGUGUCCCCUAAAACCACACAAAGAAUCCCAACCACAAUUCAUAUUAACAUAACAUCACCACCAACAACAUAUUUUUCUAAUAUCCAUCCAAAAACUGUUCCUGUUUCUCAUCACAAACAAUACAACACCAUUGUUUUGGAAAUGGAGUCUGUUGCCUCCAAUUCUAAUUCAACAUCACCAAAUAACAAUAACAAUAAUAACCGUCGUCGUCAUUCUCGUUUCAAACACGGCCAACCAAUCUCAGACAGAAUAGUUAGAGCUCUCAAACACCGUCUCCGUCUCCUCCAUCGUUCCGGCUCAACUUUCUUCAUAUUUGGCGCAACAGGUAAUGUCUACACGGUAACCCUAUCGUCAACUCCCUCGUGCACGUGCCCUGACCGGACAACACCGUGCAAACACAUCCUCUUCGUUAUGAUUCGAGUAUUAGGCGUUUCACAGAACGACACAUGUGUCCGUAGAAGAAACCUACGACCGUGUCAGCUUCAACGACUUCUUAACAUGCCAACAUUGUCCGAAGCGGUUGCAGGGUUUAAACUUCGACAAAGGUUUCAUCAGUUGUUUUUCGAAGGAGGGACGUCGUCGAAGAAGGAGAGUGAUGUAGAGAUGGAAGAAGGUUCUUCUUGUCCUGUUUGUCUUGAAGAAAUGGAGAAGGAAGAGAGAUUGGUGGCUUGUGGAACAUGUAGGAAUGUUAUUCAUGAAGAGUGUUUGGUUAGAUGGAAGAGAAGUAGAGGAAGAAGAUCAGCUAGUUGUGUGAUUUGUAGGGCAAGGUGGAGGGAUAGAACAGAACAAGAUAAGUAUGUUAAUUUAUCUGCUUAUGUUAGUGAGGAUGAUUUGAUGGCACAAUCAUCUGGGGGUAUUUGCACUGGCUAGUAUCUCAUAUUUAGUUUAUGAUUAUUGAUGUUGUUAAUUGUUAAUAUUUGUUUAAGUGAUUGAUUAGUGUUUCAUGUGAAAGUGGAAGAUAAUGGAAGUCAAAUUAAAUUUAGGGACUGUUCAUUGUUGGAUUCUUAAUAAAAGUGUGUUAAUUUGUAUAUACUGUAUGUAAACAAGGGUCAGAAUUUGUUUUCAAUGUUCA